GGAGCCCGCGCCCUCCCGCACCAUGUCAUCGCAGGGCAAGUUCAAGAAGGACAAAGAGAUCAUCGCCGACUACGAGGCGCAAGUCAAAGAAAUCCGAACUCAGCUGGUGGAGCAGUUCAAAUGUCUGGAGCAGCAGUCGGAGUCUCGCCUGCAGCUGCUGCAGGACCUGCAGGAGUUCUUCCGCAGGAAGGCAGAGAUUGAGCUGGAAUACUCCCGGAGCCUGGAGAAACUGGCUGAGCGCUUCUCCUCCAAGAUCCGCAGCUCCAGGGAGCACCAGUUCAAGAAAGAUCAGCACCUGCUUUCCCCUGUGAACUGCUGGUAUCUGGUUCUGACCCAGACCCGUCGGGAGAGCAGAGAUCAUGCCACCCUGAAUGACAUCUUCAUGAACAAUGUCAUCGUCCGGCUGUCACAGAUCAGUGAGGAUGUCAUCAGGCUCUUCAAAAAGAGUAAGGAGAUUGGCUUACAGAUGCAUGAAGAACUCCUGAAAGUCACCAAUGAGCUUUACACGGUGAUGAAGACCUACCACAUGUAUCAUGCAGAAAGCAUCAGUGCUGAGAGCAAGCUGAAGGAGGCAGAGAAGCAGGAGGAGAAGCAGUUCAACAAGUCUGGGGACAUCAGUGUGAACCUGCUGCGGCACGAGGACCGACCUCAGCGGAGGAGCUCUGUCAAGAAGAUAGAGAAGAUGAAGGAGAAGAGACAAGCCAAGUAUUCUGAAAACAAGCUGAAGUGUACGAAAGCCAGGAACGACUACCUGCUGAACCUGGCAGCCACCAAUGCUGCUGUCAGUAAAUACUACAUCCACGAUGUCUCUGACCUCAUUGAUUGCUGUGACCUGGGGUUCCACGCCAGCCUGGCUCGGACCUUCAGGACGUACCUGUCUGCUGAGUACAACCUGGAGACCUCCCGCCACGAGGGCCUGGACAUCAUUGAGAAUGCUGUGGACAACCUGGAUGCACGGAGUGACAAGCACACCAUCAUGGACAUGUGCAACCAGGUCUUCUGCCCACCACUGAAGUUCGAGUUCCAGCCUCACAUGGGGGAUGAGGUGUGUCAGGUCAGUGCCCAGCAGCCCGUGCAGACAGAGCUGCUGAUGCGGUACCACCAGCUCCAGUCACGACUGGCUACCCUCAAGAUAGAGAAUGAAGAGGUACGAAAAACUCUGGAUGCCACGAUGCAGACUUUGCAGGACAUGCUGACAGUGGAAGAUUUUGAUGUUUCAGACGCCUUCCAGCACAGCCGCUCCACUGAGUCGGUCAAAUCAGCUGCAUCAGAGACCUACAUGAGUAAAAUAAACAUUGCCAAGAGGAGAGCCAACCAGCAGGAAACAGAAAUGUUCUAUUUCACAAAAUUUAAAGAGUAUUUGAAUGGCAGUAACCUUAUCACGAAGCUCCAGGCUAAACACGACUUGCUGAAGCAGACUCUUGGUGAAGGUGAAAGAGCUGAAUGUGGAACAACCAGGCCCCCAUGUCUUCCCCCUAAGCCACAGAAAAUGAGGAGACCUAGGCCUCUCUCAGUCUAUAAUCAUAAACUCUUUAACGGCAAUAUGGAAACGUUCAUUCAGGAUUCAGGACAGGCUAUUCCACUGGUAGUAGAAAGCUGCAUUCGUUACAUCAAUUUGUAUGGCCUUCAGCAGCAGGGCAUUUUCAGAGUUCCUGGCUCCCAGGUGGAAGUCAACGACAUCAAGAAUUCCUUUGAGAGAGGUGAAGAUCCCCUUGCUGAUGAUCAAAAUGAACGUGACAUUAAUUCAGUAGCUGGAGUCUUGAAGCUGUAUUUCCGAGGACUGGAAAACCCCCUCUUUCCUAAGGAAAGGUUUCAAGAUUUGAUAUCUACUAUAAAAGUUGAGAGCCCUGCUGAGAGAGUGCAUCAGAUCCAGCAAAUCAUUGUCACUCUGCCCCGGGCUGUCAUCGUUGUCAUGAGAUACCUGUUUGCUUUCCUUAACCACCUGUCGCAGUACAGCGAUGAGAACAUGAUGGAUCCCUACAACCUGGCCAUCUGCUUCGGGCCCACGCUGAUGCACAUUCCAGACGGGCAGGAUCCAGUGUCCUGCCAAGCCCAUGUCAAUGAGGUCAUCAAAACCAUCAUCAUUAACCAUGAGGGCAUCUUCCCCAGCCACAGAGAGCUGGAAGGACCUGUCUAUGAGAAGUGCAUGACUGGAGGAGAGGAGUACUGUGACAGCCCUCACAGCGAGCCGGGCACCAUCGAUGAGGCUGAGCAUGACAACGGCACGGAGCCACACACCAGUGAUGAUGAAGUGGAGCAGAUUGAAGCCAUAGCAAAGUUUGACUACAUUGGAAGGUCUCCCCGAGAGCUCUCCUUUAAGAAAGGGGCUUCACUCCUCCUGUACCAUCGGGCAUCAGAAGACUGGUGGGAAGGGAGACAUAAUGGUGUGGAUGGCCUCAUACCCCACCAGUACAUUGUGGUGCAAGACAUGGAUGAUGCGUUCUCUGACAGCCUGAGUCAGAAGGCAGACAGCGAGGCAAGCAGCGGGCCACUGCUGGAUGAUAAAGCCUCCUCCAAGAACGACAUCCAGUCUCCAACAGAUCACAUUGUGGACUAUGGCUUUGGGGGAGUGCUGGGCCGAGUGAGAUUGAGGUCUGAUGGUGCCGCCAUCCCUCGCCGCCGCAGCGGGGGGGACACCCACAGCCCGCCCCGAGGGAUGGGGCCUGGCAUAGACACUCCUCCCCGAGCAGCCGCCUGCCCCAGCAGCCCCCACAAAAUCCCUCUAAACAGGGGCAGGAUUGAGAGUCCUGAAAAGCGCAGGAUGGCGACGUUCGGCAGCGCGGGCAGCAUCAACUUCCCAGACAGGAAGGCCCUGUCUGAGGGGCACCCCCUGAGACCCGCCUGCGGAUCCACCAGGCACAGUAGUCUUGGAGAUCACAAAUCUCUAGAAGCAGAGGCACUUGCUGAGGACAUUGAGAAGACCAUGAGCACGGCACUGAACGAGCUGCGGGAGCUGGAGAGGCAGAACACGGCCAAGCAGGCGCCCGACGUGGUCCUGGACACGCUGGAGCCCAUGAAGAACCCCCCGAUGGGCGCCGCCAACUCAGAGCCCGCCAGCCCCCUCCACACCAUCCUGAUCCGGGACCCCGACGCCGCCAUGCGACGCAGCAGCAGCUCCACCACGGAGAUGAUGACCACCUUCAAGCCAGCCCUGUCUGCCCGCCUGGCCGGGGCUCAGCUGCGGCCGCCGCCGAUGCGCCCCGUGCGCCCCGUGGUGCAGCACCGCUCCAGCAGCAGCAGCAGCUCGGGGGUGGGCAGCCCCGCUGUCACCCCCACCGAGAAGCUCUUCCCCAGCAGCUCCGCAGACAAAUCGGGCACCAUGUAGGCCGUGGAGGUGUGGAGGAGCCGGCACCUUGGACGGUGGGAGUGGGGCCGGCAGCGCGGCCGAGCAGGGAUUCAAAACCCCACUGCAGAAGGACCUCUCCUAACGGGGGGAGAGUGCGUGGCCUUGGCCCGGUGUCUGGGUGCUGUACACAGGGGCUGUAUCCUUGGUCUGGUGUCUGGGUGUUGUACACAGGGGCUGUAUCCUUGGCCUGGUGUCUGGGUGUUGUACACAGGGGCUGUAGUGUCUCUGCAGGCGUGUGCACACACCCCCCACCCACGCAGGAACACUGCCCAAGCUUGUGGUCCCACGGCAGGAGGAGAUGGCAGCAGGUCUACGUGUUGGCACUGGAGAACACACACUAUAUGUAGAAGUAUAUAUUAAAGUAUGUACAGAAUUCAGUGACUUUUUUAAAAAAAAAAGAAAAAAAAAAAAGAAAAAAAAAAAAAGUAGAUUUACCUCAGAAACUGUCUCUGAAAUGUCCUCUCUAGAGAUGAUGGUUGAUUUUGGGUUUUUUUCCAAGCUAUUUGUGUGCGUGUGUGUGCGUGGAGGUACGUAGCAGCUGUGUUGAGCAAUACAAGGCCAAUCAUGGAAUUUAUUUUCUGCACCUCUUGGCAUAAAAAAAAAAAAAAAGUGGUGGUGGGGGAAGAUGUAAUGGGGUUUGUUCAUUGCUAGCCUGUGGAGAAGAGCAGGAAGUUGAUAAAUGCUGUUGUGUGUCAGGCCCCUGGAAUGUCUGUUCAAGCUGAAUUCCAAGACACCUUCGUGUGCACGGUGACACUGGGGCAGGAGCAGGGACAGAGAUGUGCUCCCUUGGCUUCACACAGGACAAGGACACUGCAGCUACCCCAGGGCACAGCCCUGCCUGCCUACAGGGACACAGAACUCCGGUUUUCUGGAAGAUUUCAGAAUGAACAAGGACUAGUGACAAACCUGUGGUAGAGCAUAGAGUAACUUAACUCACUUCUGAGAUGUUUAAUUUCCCUUUCCACACACACACUUCUUUUUUUUUUUUCCUAGAAGAAGCCCUGAUGGGAUCUUGACAGAUGGGACUAACUGGGCGAGGAGGCUUUGGUACAGCAUUGUUCCUUCAUUUGAAGUUGCACAGCAGUACAUGAGGGUCUUGAUUCAGAUUGUAUCUUCUUGCAUGAAAAGCAUGAGCCAUAUUUGGCCAUAUCAGAUGUGGAACCGAUCUGAUGUGGUGAUAUUUUGCACUUUCUGUACUGUACUAUAGAAUACAACAGUCUGAGUUUAUGCAAAAGGAUCUACAUUUUCUUUUUCCUCUGAACAUUUAACCCAGAGAAAAAAAUAUGCAGAGCGAGCUGGGGAUUGCAUGGUACUUUGAUAAUCACAUCCCUUCUGCAAGUGCUGGAUUCAAGACGCUCUGUGCUUCUCCUGCAGGUUUUUUUUUGUCUUGUACAGAUUUCCCUGCAGUGACCCCUGGUUUAAUGAGGUCACUUCGUAGGGUCACGCACAGCCCGGGUGGGAAAGGGCCCCUGGUCAGUGUCUGGGCUGCACACAAACUGCACUGAUGGCUCCUCAGUGUUCUCCACUCUGGUUCCUGCUGUGCUGCCUGUCCCUGGGCAGAGCAGCUGCCAGCCCUCCUGCCUCACCCACCAGCCACCUGCCCUUGCCCAGGACCAUUGGUUUGGUUUGGUUUGGUUCCCCCUUCAUCAUCCUCUUCUCUCCAGCUCACUGGUGGCUGGAGGAGCAGCACCGUGCCCGUGCGUGGUGGCUGCCCCUGCCUGGCCUCGUGUGGCUCUUUGCACGGGGUAGGGACCCUGUGGGACCACCCCCACACCCCGUGCAGCAGCAUGUGCCCCCCACCCUCUCCUGCCUCCCCCCCUCUGUAUAUAGUGAUGUACUCGCUUCCAUGCUGGACAGUAACUGUUAACAUGUAAACUGUACAAAAAAAAUAGGCUAAGAUUAGAUGAAAGCCAAUGCCACUCACCAAAUCUUUGCACUUAGUAGGUAGCUCGAUGUAAAAAUAAAACCCAAUAAUAAUAUUAAUAAUUAAUAAUAAAAAGAAAUGGGGAAAAAAAAAAAAAAAGCAAGCUGCCAAGCUAACCUUUCCGUGUGCAGUGGGGGAGAAGUAGUAUGUGUAGUGGUUCUGUCCUUGUUCCUCCCUAUAAUGCUGUGAGGGGAAAUGGUGUUUAUGUACUUGUCUAUUAACAUUGUUGACAUUUGUAAUUGCCACAAUUGGUUCCUAUUGAUGUUUAUUUUUCUUCAUCAUUUUCCCCCCUUUCCCUGCACAGGCUCACCCCGAGGUCACUGCCUCUGUCAUUAUGGGCAGCAGAUGUUCAGUCUGUCAGGCUGGGCCAGUAAUGAACCAGCAAAUGUGCUUUUAGGGGGAGGGAAGGAACCCAUUUGGCACGAGAGCUGUGUAGUCAUUGCCAGUAAUUAUUAUUUUUUUUUCCAUUUAGUUCCUGGAGAACAUUCACUUUGCCAGUCUGGUUUUUUUUAAUGUACUUUCAAAGAUUACUUGAUAGCAAAACCAUUUUUCCCCCUCCCUUCUUACGUUUGAAGAUACGGUACACGUUCCGGUGUCUUUCUAUUAAGUUAUUGCCUUUCAUUUUGCUUUGGUUUGGUUUGUUGUGGGUUUUAAUACAAUUGUUUUCUUAUCUUUAAGUGCCUUUUUGAGCACCAGAACAAAUGCUUAGAGUUAAUGUCCUAGGAGCUGUACCCGUCAUGAUUUCCUUUGUGCAGUUGUGUUGUACUGGGAGUGAUUGCUUUUAAAGUUGUGGAUUUUUUUUUUUUAAUUUUUCUUUUUUUUAAGAGUAGAAACCCAAGAUGUUUUGUUGUAGAAUAAACUACCCCUUUUUAAUACAGUA